UGUUAGUUGUGUAACCAAAUGGUGAGGCUUCCCUCCAAACUCAAACCUCCAAAACCCAAAACCCUAAUCUCUCUUCUUACAUCUCAAACUCAAAAAUCACUUCACCACACAUUCUCUCCAUCUCUUUUGCAAACCCAUAAACUCUUCAACCAUUUCACCCAGAUCCUCUCUCAUGCCAUUACUUCAGGCUAUUUCACAAACCCAUUCAUUUCCAGCCAACUCCUCCACCAUUGUCUUUCAAAUUCUGACUUCACCCUCACUUUUUCUCACACCCUUUUCACUCAAAUCCCUAACCCCAAUGUCUUUUCUUGGAAUUUCCUCAUCCGUGCAUACUCCCACAGUUCAUUCCCCCAAGAAGCCAUUAGUCUUUACAAUCAAAUGAUGCAGAAAAGUUUGAUUCUUGAUAAUUUUACUUUCCCUUUUGUACUGAAAGCUUGUGGUAGAUUGGUUAGUUUUCAUAAGGGUCUUGAAGUUCAUUGUGUGAGCUUGAAAUUGGGGUUUGAAUUUGAUGUUUUUGUGCAAAAUUCUUUGAUUUAUAUGUAUUUUCAAUGUGGGGUUGUUGAGUUUGCACAGAAGGUGUUUGAUUUUAUUCCUGAUUCUGUUCGUGAUGUUGUUACUUGGAAUAGUAUGAUUUCUGGGUAUUUACAAAGUGGGUGUUGUUAUCUAGCAGUGAAGGUGUUUGGAAAAUUGUUGCGCGAAAGUGAUGUGAGGUUGAAUGAUGUAAGUAUUGUGAGUGCUCUUACAGCUUGUGCAAGAACUGAGUUGCUUGAUGUGGGGAAGAAGAUUCACGGGUUGAUUGUGGUCUAUGGAGUUGUAAUGGAUGUCUACUUAGGUUCUUCUUUGGUUGAUAUGUACACGAAAUGUGGGUGUUUAGAAGAUGCUAAAACUGUUUUUGACAGAUUGUUAGAUAAAAAUAUAGUCUCUUGGACUUCUAUGAUUGCAGGUUAUUUGAAAUGUGAUAUGUGUAAGGAAGCGAUAGAGUUAUUCAGGGUGAUGCUGAUGGCUGGGGUUAUGGCCGAACCUGCCACAAUUGCUUGUGUAGUUUCUGCAUGUGGGCAUUCAGGUGCACUGGAUCUUGGAAGGUGGGUGCAUAAUUAUAGCGAAAGGAGUGGAAUAGAAAUGAACCUUAUAGUGAAGAAUUCUUUGAUUGAUAUGUACUCUAAAUGUGGACUUGUUGAUAAAGCUCUAGAAGUUUUUCAUUCGUUAACUAAUAAGGAUGUUUAUUCGUGGAGUAUGAUGAUUUCUGGGUUAGCUAUGAAUGCAAGGUCUGAAGAGGCUUUGCAAUUAUUUUUACUAAUGGAAGGAUCAAGAGAAGUAUGUCCGAAUGAAGUAACGUUUCUUGGAAUCUUAUCUGCCUGUAGUCAUGGUGGAUUUGUUGAUGAAGGGUUUUACAAUUUUGAGAAAAUGACUAGGAGAUACAAAUUUUCCCCGGGGAUUGAGCACUAUGGUUGCCUGGUUGAUCUUUUGGGUCGUGCAAAUCUUCUGGUUGAGGCUAUGUAUUUGAUUGGUUCCAUGCCCAUUCAGCCGGAUGCUGUCAUUUGGCGAUCCCUGCUUUUUGCUUGUAGUAGACACGGGAAUGUAGAGUUGGCCGAGGUUGCUGCCAAAAAGAUUAACGAAUUGGAGCCAGAGAAGUGUGGGGCACAUGUACUGUUGUCUAAUGCCUAUGCCUCUGCAUCUAGGUGGAAGGAUGUGAAGAUGGUAAGGAGGAAUAUGGGUGCUGAGGGAAUCCAAAAGCAACCUGGAUGCUCUUUUAUUGAAAUAGAUGGUUUUGUUCAUGAAUUUCUUGUUGCUGAUAGAACGCACUGUCAGAUUGACAUCAUAUGUUAUACACUUCUGGCAAUGAAUGUCGUUCUAAAAUCAAGAGCACCUGAGCUUGUUUUCCUGGAUUUCUUAAAUUAAUAUGAGAACAUCCCCAUUAUUGCGUGAUAUCACCCCCUCAUGUUGGACGUUACCUUCCGGGAACUGUGGGAAAUCCCAUGCAAAAUCCGACAACGCAUAGUUUCUACCUGGUUGGGACUCAAGGUGCUCGUGCUAUGCUGGAAGUAUGAUGCAGGCCUACCUACAGCUGCUUAGCUAUGCUCAAGGUGUUCCAUGUGUAAAAGCCCAUAUUAUGUCAAAGAUCAGCAAUGGAUGGAACUAUUAAGUAAUGCCAUCCAGUAGCCAGCCUUCAGUUACUAGGUACCACAUCAACUUUUCUGGUCCAGAAGACGUAUAUGCUCGAGUUACAUCUAAUUAUUAUUUUUCAUUUAAGCUCACUGGCUAUGGACUGCAGAAAUCUUUUUGCUUUAAAGCUAAAAUCUUUCCCACAAGUUUUCCACGGAGAGGGGUUAUUUGCCACCAAGACACCCCAAGAAUCCAGUCCAGGACCACCCAAAGAGAAUGAAAAAGGUAUCUGCUUUACUUGUUCACUCAAAACGUGGAAACAUCGAGCAUCCAUACAAUGUGGAUAGUGUUUGCACUUCGAUUCGAAGUUCUGCUAUCUAAGACGAGGACAUGGGAUAUGGAAGAUACUUAAAAUUCCCAAAUCCUCGGCCACCUCUGUACCCUGCUAUAUUCCUGAUGAUCCUGUGAUAUCCAGGACGGAAUUCAUUCAUAAUUUGUUGAACAACUCAACACAGUAUAUCAAUGGAUUUGCUAUAUCUAAAGUUCUA